AUGGAAUCUGCUCUCGACCUUAUCCUUCUAGCUGCUGCCUGGGCCCAUGUCUUCUUGGCCCCUUAUACCAAAGUUGAAGAAAGCUUCAACUUGCACGCCGCUCAUGAUGUGUUCUUCCAUGGAGUUUCCAAAUCUGCGCUGAGGAAGUACGACCAUUUUGUGUUCCCUGGAGUAGUGCCUAGGUCGUUCGUCGGCAGUGUGUUCUUAGGAGGGACAGCACGUCCAGUUGUUGCCCUUCUCUCAAAAAUUGGACUCGUCCAAACCAAAUUGGAUGUUCAAAUAAUAAGUAAGGAUACUGAUUCUCGAAAUAUAUUCCAGAGAAUAAAGGCGUCUAUAUGGCGACGAUUCGGAAGAAGAACAGCAAUAUUAUUCGCGCUACUUAGUGCAAUUCAGUUCCAUCUGCCUUUCUGGAUGGGAAGGACGCUCCCCAAUAUGCUGGCCUUGAUUCCAUUCAAUGAAGCUUUGGCGCAAAUGAUCAGUAUCGACGGUUCUUCGGAGGUCGCGGUGGUGAUGCUUACAUUUGCUGCUGUGGUUUUCCGAGCCGAAUUAGCAGUAUAUUUGGCCGUUUAUGGUUUCUUUGUUCUAUUAAAGAGCAGAGUCAAGUUCAAAAGACUAUUCUUUAUCGAGAAAAUGGAUGUGGCCGGAGCUGCAAGGCUUGAACUUCAAUGUAGUUCAGGGGAAGAGCGUGGAAUGGGGGGCACUAUCCUGGGUACUCUGGCCAUCACAUCUCUCCUGACCCAUAUAUCCUAUUCAAACUAUCCCGGAGGAGAAGCAUUAUAUCUCAUGAAUCAAAUAAAACUUGAAAAUGUCAACCUGCAUGUCGGUAAUUUGGCGGCACAAUCUGGGGCUUCUCUAUUCCUCCAGGAGCACUCUUCUCCUUUCUUAUCCCUUGAAAGGAAUCUAGUAGCUCGCCCCGGCAAUUGGACGUACGAUAAAACCGAACACCUGCUUGACCUUCACCCCUAUUCCCAUGCCAUCGUAGAAAGUCUCGAAAUGGUCCCUGACUGGAAGAUAGAAGGAAAAGUUUAUGCUUUUGAUGGAUUGUCGAGACAAG